AGCCCGGUUGCACUUUGGAGAAACCAGGAGCCGCCGCCCGAGGCAGGUGCGGGCGAGCCAGGGCGCCGCGGCCCCCCAACCCUCGUCCCCGAGCCAAGCGCCGGGAGCCUGGAGCUGGGGCGCCCGGAUUCCCUGCCAGCCACGCGCGCCCCAGCCCAGCGAGGCCCCGGGCGCCCCGCCGCCACCACGCCAUGCUCCACCUGAGCGACUUCUCCGGCCCCGACGCGCUCCUCUCCAAGCCCACCGAAGGCUGCGCCCACACCAGCCCCGAGCUGCCCCGGCUGCCUGCUAGGGACGCUCCCUCGGCCGCCGCGUAUCCUGGAGGCGACUUCUUGAGCUGGGCUCUGAGCACCUGCGGCGCCGGGGGGGACUUAACAGACUCCUGCUUCCUGGAGGGCCCUGCACCCACGCCCCCUUCGGGCCUCAGCUACAGCGGCAGCUUCUUCAUCCAGGCGGUUCCCGAACACCCGCACGACCCGGAGGCCCUCUUCAACCUCAUGUCUGGCAUCUUGGGCUUGGCACCCUUCCCUAGCCCCGAGGCGGCAGCGUCUCGGUCCCCCCUGGAUGUCCCUUUCCCCGCGGGCCCCGAUGCCUUGUUGCCGGACCUUUACUCCCCGGAUCUGAGUUCGGCCGCCUUCCCGGAGGCGUUUUGGGAGGCCGCGCCUUCGGCGGGCGCUCCCUCGCAGUGCCUGUUCGAGCCCCAGCUCUCCCCGCCCGACGUCAAGCCCGGGCUGAGGGCGCCUCCCGCUUCGCCAGCGCUGGACGCUGCUGCUUCGGCCUUCAAAGGGCCCUACGCCCCCUGGGAGCUGCUGUCGGCCGGGGCUCCGGGGAACUGUGGGUCGCAGGGAAGCUUCCAGACCACCCCGGAGGCACGCUUUUCCGCCGUGGGGACCAAGGUCGAGGACCUGCUGUCCAUCAGCUGCCCCGCCGAGCUGCCCGGUCCGGCUAGCAGACUCUACCCGCCAGGGGCCUACGAUGCCUUCUCGCUGGCCCCAGGUGACUUAGGGGAGGGGACCGAGGGCCUCCCGGCGCUGCUGACCCCUCCGGGCGGGGAGGGAGGGAGCGGCGGCGAAGGCGGAGAGUUCCUGGCCGUCCCUCAAGCGCAGCUGUCCCCGCUGGGCCUGCGCGGCGCCGCCACGGCAGACUUCUCCAAAGCCCUGGUGGCCGACCUCCCGGGGGGCAGCGGAGUGGCGGCGCCUUCAUCCCCCGCCACCUCCUUCCCCGCGGCCAAAGCCCGGCGCAAGGGACGCCGGGGCGGCAAGUGCAGCGCGCGCUGCUUCUGCCCGCGGCCGCACGUCAAGGCCUUCGCCUGCCCCGUGGAGAGCUGCGUGCGGAGCUUCGCGCGCUCCGACGAGCUCAACCGCCACCUGCGCAUCCACACGGGCCACAAGCCCUUCCAGUGCCGCAUCUGCCUGCGCAACUUCAGCCGCAGCGACCACCUCACCACGCACGUGCGCACCCACACCGGCGAGAAGCCCUUCGCCUGCGACGUGUGCGGCCGCCGCUUCGCGCGCAGCGACGAGAAGAAGCGACACAGCAAGGUGCACCUCAAGCAGAAGGCGCGCGCCGAGGAGCGCCUCAAGGGCCUGGGCUUCUACUCGCUGGGCCUCUCUUUCGCCGCGCUGUAGCCGGAGCUGGCUCCGUAGGUCGGCGCCGCCGGCGCUCGGCGCACGCGACACGGUCCUGCCGCUCCCUCGUCCCCGCUGCCUUCCCUGCCUCUUCCACGCACGUCCGGGGCCACCCGCAGCCCAGCUCCAGUUCCCCCGAAGCGCCCGCCGCUCACGCCCUUCAGCACGGGCUCCGCGGACAGCGCCCGCUGUUUUCGGAGCCGCCUUCCUCUAGCCACCCGCUCUGGGGACUGUCCUCUCGGUCCACCCACAGAGCAGGCGAUACCUUAGGACUGAAGAGAGUUUUUGUAACUGGCGUACGCCCCACGCCUUCCUCUUUAUCCCUUCCCAGAGUCAAGCUGGGGAUGUACCGAGCCGGUCUCUCAAGAACUUUGUACAGCAAGUCCAGCAAGCCUUUGGAUGUGAUGUCUUUGCUUUGGGGUUAUUUCCUUUUUGUUGUCGUUCAUUUUUUGUAAAGCAGACGCUACUCUCAAGCAUUUGACAAAACUGUUUAUUUUUGCAAUUAAAAUUAUUGUGC